AUGAUCGACGGGAAAUUAAAGGACAUUUAUCGUCAAGUCUUUGACAAUCGGACGUUAUGUCCCAUGGUUGGUCCAGUGGUUGGAGAUCCCAUGGUGAUGCACUUAAAAGAAGACACUAAGCCGUUCGCAAUUUAUGUUGCACGUUCUAUUCCUUUUGCCCAAGAGCCCUUCGUUGAGAAGAUCCUCAUCAACCUCGUUCAACAAGGAAUUAUUGGUCCUGUCAGUGAUGAAGUGACCAAAUGGUGCCAUCCCAUUGUCCCCGUUUCAAAGAGCAAUGGUGACGUCCGUCUUUGUGUCGACCUUACCCAGCUGAACACUGAGGUCAAGCGGAGUAUCCACCCAACUAAGACCCCUGUUCAAGCCAUAGCUGGUUUCACUCCCGAUCAAAGAUUCUUUGCCAAGUUGGAUCUCGUCAAAGGCUACUGGCAAAUGCAUUUGGCAGAGGAAUCCCAACACCUAACCACGUUUCUUACCCCUUUUGGGAAGUUUAAAUUUCUUCGUUCCCCUAUGGGAAUUGUUUCCAUGGGGGACUUCUUCUCGUGUCGUGGAGAUGUUGCCAUGGCUGGCCUUGACAUCCAGAAGGUCGUGGACGAUAUGGCUUGCGGGGCCUCCUCACUACCUGACCUGAUUCGACGUGUGAGCGAUAUCUUGGAGCGAUGUCACAAAUAUGGGUUGACUGUCAACUUGUCAAAGAGUGUUUUGGCAUCCUCGUCCAUCGACUUUGUAGGUUUCUGA